AUGCCGACACAAACAAUUACUAAGAAUAAUUUGUCUACUUCGCAGCAAACAAGUCCUACUAGAUCACACACCACCACCAUUCUAACAACUUAUACAACAACUCGGGGAACUUCUGUCACUAAAUUAUAUACUAUCACUUUGGAUAAUUCUUCCGUAGAAGUAAUUACGACUGUUGUGCCUUCAUCUGAAGUAUUAGUUAUUGCGACAACCGUUGUUUUGGUACAACCUAAUACUUAUACAGGGUGGGAUAAAGGUAUUCGUGUUAUGCAAAUUGGCAGAGGUGGCGUUCCAUUUAACCUAAACAAGCAUGCGCAUAAAACAAAGAAAGCCAGCAAGUUUCGUGCAUCACCACCAAACAAAGGAGAGGAGAAUUUUCAAGAGUACUUUAUCCAAGAGUGCUCCGCUUUGAAAAGAAAGCAAUUCGUUGUCUACGAUACUAGCAAAAAUCCAUUCUUAGAUACAAGGAAACCUGACUUCAUCAUGAUCAUUCCUUGGAUCUCUUGA